GUACCCAUAUAACGCGACUUUAUCUGUAAUACUACACACUUGUACAUAGUUAACCAAAAUAAUCGUGGGCAAGUCCAAACAGCUAGCGUAAAAGUUACCUGUGGUGUUGUUAACCUAACGUCAACGUUACCCAGGAAAUCUAGCGUAGCAAUGUUUGUUUUAACUUUUAACUUUUUUUAUUAACGUUAUGUAUUUGAUACACGGUGUAGUGUUGGGGUUAGCUACUGUAUUAUUGUGUAUAUAUGUUUAACUGGAUAUUAAUUGAGCUAACGUCUAUGUAGAAGUCCUGAUUUUGUGGUAACUUAACGUUAGCUGGAUAAUUUAUAUAAGAUAGAGCCUCUGCAUUGGCACACCUGUAGAAGUAUGAAGACCAGAGAUAAGAGCCAUACAGUUUAUUGUUCUUUACCAAUUUCCACUUAAAUAAUCGACUGACAGACGAUUGAACAGCUAAAAGGGAAGGAAGGAGGAUUUUCUACAGCUGCCCCUCAAAUGUGGUAACACAUUUGAUAAUCAACCAUUACCAGUCUAAGCAGACAAUCUAAAGGAAGGGGAAGCUGUCAUGUCGGAUCUACUUAAAGACAAAACUCAAAGAAGAGAGAAGAGGACAGGCAAGGCUCCCUCAGAGGGAGUCAGAGGCAAGGAAACAACUGGCAGGACUAACGUUAAGGACUCUAUAAGUACUGUUUCGUGUGUGGAUGAACUAGGACACCAUGAUGACAACGCUCGGAUGCCCGUAACAAUGGAGAACACCUAUCAAAUGGGACCUUACAAACGCUUCCCUGUUCCUGCUGUCACCGACAUACUGAAGGAUGUACUUACCAGUUAUCUCCAAGAGGAGAAAUAUGAAGUAGAGUGGUCUCAAAAAAUGACCAAAACAAUUUGUGAGGUGAUAAGAGCACGUGUGAAGGACCUCAUGAUUCCCCGAUAUAAGAUUGUCGUCCUUGUGCACAUCGGACAACUCACCGGGCAGAGCAUGCAAAUCAGCAGCCGAUGUCUAUGGGAUGCAUCUAAUGACACCUUCGCCUCUUACUCCUUCAAAAACAGCUCUCUGUUUGGUGUGGCAACUGUCUACGCUGUUUACUUUGAGUGACUCAUGUAGACAUUGAAUACUCUGAUAAGAACACAAGGCUCACUAGUCAUACAUUUCUCACAGUUAUGAAAAGAUUACUGCUGUUGAAGAGUUUUUUUUAUCUGUGUUGUAUAUUUUGCCAUGUAUAAAAUGAUAAAACAAGAAUUUGUAACCAAAA